AUGAGAAACCAAGAGUAUAUAGAGCUUCAAGAAUUACAUGGUUCUGAUACCACAAGUGCGUCUGGGCUGAAAAUAUGGUCGCUCUCAAAGUCACAACUACUUUUCGUACUUUUGCGCCUAGGCGUAAUCAGCGACGAAGUUUACGAGAGUGGCAAGUUUCCCCUGUUUGCUUUACCGAAAGGAACGGAAUACAUCAUUGGCAUAGUUGAUAAAAUGGAUAUAUCAGAAGCAGUAGAAAUACUACGGAAUGCUUUAGUUGAGCACAAGAAUGACGUGAAUUUUUUGCAGGAAGAUUACCAUUUGUUAGAAAGACUUGUGCAUUCGAUUCCACAGGAUGAAGAAAUAGGUAAAACAGACAUAAUCACAGAUGAGGAUAUUUCACAUAGUCACAAUAAGAACAAGACAUACUUGCAUAUAUUCGAUUGGUCAUUACAAGCACGACUUGAGGCUGCCUUAAUUCACUACCAUUCGCCGUAUCCAGAAAUCAGAGCUAUUUCAGACCCGAUAGACGACACAGAGAUCCUUGUGGAAACAUUUCGGUGUUAUUUUAUUGGCUUCUUUUGGACCUUUGUGGGGUCAAUAAUCAACAGUUUUUUUGUUCACAGAAUGCCCAAUAUAUCAUUGAGCUCGCAUACAAUACAAAUAUUGCUUCUCCCUUGUGGAAAACUAUGGGAAAAACUCGUACCCGAAAAACGGAUCUCACUUGGUAGUUUUUCAUUUGAUCUUAACCCUGGCCCCUGGACUUACAAGGAAAUGAUGUUGAGCUCCAUUAUUUAUCUGUGUUCGGCCGGUGUUCCGUACCUGAUCUAUAACAUAUUUGUCAUGAAACUAGAUAAAUUUUAUGGCUUGAAGUGGGUGACGAUUACUUUCCAGAUACUAUUGACUGUUUCCACUCAGUUUCUAGGCUUUGGAUUUGCUAUGAUCAUGAAAAAGGUUUGUGUUUAUCCGAGCAAGGCCCUUUGGCCCACAAUACUACCUACAAUUGCUCUUAAUCGAGCGUUGAUGCAUGAGGAUGCUAAUAAUAAAGUUCAUGGCUGGCGAAUCUCCAGAUAUGGGUUUUUCAUCUUAGUCGGUUCCAUGAGUUUUGUUUACAAUUGGAUACCGAAUUAUUUAUUCAAAGCGUUGUCAAAUUUCAACUGGCCAACUUGGUUUAGCCCGUCACUGAUACAUUUGGUAAAUAUAACAGGUACUUCCGCUGGCUUGGGGCUUAACUUGUGGCCAACUUUUGACUGGAAUAUUUUGGAUGCUGGCGGCUGUUUGACUAUCCCCUUUUACACUUAUGUCAACAGGUACAUAGGAAGCUUACUCGGGUUUUUUGUGAUUAUGGUUGUCUAUUACACCAACAAUUACUUCACAGCGUAUUUUCCUAUCAAUUCCAACAAAUUAUUCAGCAACAAGGCAGAAAUAUACGACGUGCACCUGAUUUUAAAUGAGAAAAACCAGUUCAGCGACUCAAAGUAUCAAGAAAUAGGACCGCCUUAUUUUUCUGCGGCCAACUUGGUUCUUUACGGGGCCAACUUUUGUCUUUAUCCAUUUGCAAUAUUGUACCAGUUCAUUACUGAGUGGGAUUCAAUGAAGUCGAGUUUUGUCAACGUGUGGAUGUCACUUAGUGAUGCAUUCAAGUCUAAACACAGUGACAGCCCUUAUGGAGGAUACUCUGAAGAUCCCCAUUGCAAAAUGAUGUCAAUGUAUGAUGAUGUACCAGAUUGGUGGUUUAUUGCAAUUAUUAUUGUCAGCACGCUGUUUGCCGUCGCGGCUGUUGUAUUUUAUCCAACUGAAACACCGGUGUGGGGUAUCUUUUUCACCAUAUUGAUAAAUUUCAUAUUUUUGAUCCCUUUGACAUCUAUAGCUUCAACCACGGGAUUUUCGUUCGGCCUCAAUGUCUUGGUUGAGUUGAUUGUGGGGUAUUCUAUUCCAAAUUCAGGGAUAGCCUUGAUCACACUCAAGGCAUUUGGAUACAAUAUUGACAGUCAAGCUAGCAAUUAUAUUACGGACCAAAAACUUGCGCACUAUGCCAAAAUUCCUCCAAAGGCGAUAUUCAAGGGUCAGCUAGUAUCUACAUUGAUCAAUAUUAUUGUAUCGUUAGUAGUUGCCAACUGGCAACUAGGGAACAUAUCAGACAUUUGUGAUGUGCACCAGAAGGACAAAUUGAGCUGUCCAGGAGCAAAUACAUACUUUUACUCGAGUAUUCAAUACGGUGAAAUAGGUCCACAAAAAGUAUUUUCAGGAUUAUACCCAGUCCUCAAGUGGUGCUUCUUGUUGGGAGUGCUACUAGUGUUUCCCUGUGUUUGGUUUAAAAACAGAGGACCGGCAAGAGUAGCAAGAUAUUUCCAGCCCAGUGUGUUGAUUGGAGGUUUCUUGGAUUUUGCACCGUAUAAUCUCCUGUACUUUACUGGUGGAUUGUACGUCUCUUAUAUCUUCAUGUACUGGAUUAAGAAGAACUAUUUAUUGUGGUGGGAAAAGUAUAAUUAUAUUCUAACGAGUGCAUUGUCGGCCGGUGUUGCUUUCAGUUCUUUGCUAAUAUUUUUCACGGUACAGUAUAAUUCACGAGAAAUAAAAUGGUGGGGUAAUACUGUCAGCGAGCAAGGGAUAGAAGGAGGUAAAUUGCCAGCAAUUUGGAAGGAUGCGUCCACUGCACCUGAUGGUUAUGUGGGGUUAAGAAAAGGACAUUUCCCGUGA